UAGCUUGUUGUUACCUCAUUUGUCUAUGGCUUGUUGCGUGCCUAGGUUGCGUGGUUUGUUUGUAGCUGUUGGACAGUAUUCGGUAUUCACUUUACGACAUUAAAUUUUGAUUUAGGAGCCAUCUUUGUAAUUUGUUUACAUUAUAAAAAAGCACAAUGGCUGACGCUGAUGAUCUAUUAGAUUAUGAAGAUGAAGAAAAUCCAGAGCAAACUGCAACAGAAAGCGUGGGAACGGAACCGCAAAAAAAGGGUGUAAAAGGUACUUAUGUCUCGAUUCACAGUUCCGGAUUUAGAGAUUUUCUGUUAAAACCCGAAAUUUUAAGAGCAAUUGUGGACUGCGGCUUUGAACAUCCCUCUGAAGUACAGCAUGAGUGUAUACCACAAGCUGUUAUUGGAAUGGAUAUUUUGUGCCAAGCAAAGUCUGGUAUGGGUAAAACGGCAGUAUUUGUAUUAGCUACCCUGCAGCAAUUGGAACCCACAGAAAAUGUUGUUUAUGUUCUCGUAAUGUGCCAUACACGUGAACUUGCUUUUCAAAUUAGUAAGGAAUAUGAAAGAUUCAGUAAAUAUAUGCCUGCAAUUAAAGUAGGUGUAUUCUUUGGUGGCCUCCCUAUUCAAAAGGAUGAAGAAGUGUUAAAGAAUAAUUGCCCUCAUAUUGUAGUUGGGACCCCUGGUCGAAUUUUAGCUCUUGUCAGAUCUAAGAAACUGAAUCUAAAACAUCUAAAACAUUUUAUUCUUGACGAAUGUGACAAAAUGCUGGAAUUAUUAGAUAUGAGAAGAGAUGUACAAGAAAUCUAUCGUAAUACACCGCAUGGCAAACAAGUUAUGAUGUUUAGUGCUACACUCAGUAAAGAAAUUCGACCUGUCUGCAAGAAAUUUAUGCAAGAUCCCAUGGAAGUAUAUGUAGAUGAUGAAGCCAAAUUGACAUUACAUGGUUUACAACAGCAUUAUGUUAAACUUAAAGAAAAUGAAAAAAACAAAAAAUUGUUUGAGUUGCUGGAUGUACUUGAAUUUAAUCAAGUUGUUAUUUUUGUAAAAUCAGUCCAAAGAUGUAUGGCUCUAGCCCAACUGUUAACCGAGCAAAAUUUCCCCGCUAUAGGAAUUCAUAGGGGUAUGGACCAAAAAGAACGUCUCUCCAGAUAUGAACAAUUCAAAGAUUUUCAAAAGAGAAUAUUGGUUGCAACAAAUCUCUUCGGACGUGGUAUGGACAUUGAACGAGUGAAUAUUGUUUUCAACUAUGAUAUGCCAGAAGAUUCAGAUACUUAUUUACAUAGAGUCGCUAGAGCAGGUCGAUUUGGUACAAAAGGUUUAGCUAUUACUUUUGUAUCAGAAGAAGGAGAUGCAAAAAUUUUGAAUGAAGUGCAGGAUAGAUUUGAUGUUAAUAUUACAGAAUUACCUGAUGAAAUUGAUCUUAGUUCUUAUAUUGAAGGACGAUAAAAUCAAUGAGUUGAAGAUGAAAAAAUGAGUUGUAUAAGUUGUAUGUAACAAUUAUUAUAAUUUCAGUGUUUCAUUUUAAUGUGUAAAUGUUGAAUAUUAUUCAAACUGAUAAUAGUAGUAUUAUUGUAAUUUAGUUAUUUUUUUUACGUAAAAUAAAUAGUUCCCAAAUUA